UGAAGGUCCAUCCAUCAUGGCGCUCGUCGCCGUGGCCGGGAGCAGCCGAUCCACCAACACGGCCCUCGAAGAGAAGGUCGCCGGAGUCGCAGCGCUCAUCGACAAGUGGCGUCCUGACGACGGCCAGUGCUCUCUUUUCCUUGACGGCAGCCGUCGUGAGGCUGGUCGGUUUCUGUGCGCCGCCGUUGAGUUGCACGGCGCCAUGCUCCUCGUCGCGUCGGACGUCGACCAAGAACGUGGCGAUGAGUGCCUUGUUCGCGCGCAGGGGGUUCUCGAGGCCGCCAUGCGGAGGCUUCAGCUCGAGCUGGAGCUUCUCCUGUCGACCGUGAGGUCUAACGCCGUCGACGGCGCCAUCUCCGGCCACGACGUUGUGGGCGACGCUGGUGUUGUAGGGCAUAUAACGAUGGUCGCCGACGCCAUGAUGGCCGCCGGGUAUGGCAUGGAGUGUGUCUCCACCUUCAACUCGCACCGCCGUGCGGAGUUUGCUGCCGCGGUGCGCCGCCUGCUCGGCUUCGCGCCGUCGCAGCACGCGCAUUUCCAUAAGCUCACAUGGGAAGACGUGGACGGCAAGGUGCAGUCAUGGCACACCGCCGCGGGAUUCGCGUUCAACUUCGCCUUCUCCCGGGAGAGGGUGCUCUGUCACCGCGUGUUCGCCGCGGACGCGGCCUUGGCUGACAAGGUGUUCGCGGGGAUUGCCAGCGACCACGCUGCGGACCUCCUCGCCGUCGCCGAGGCCGCCGUGAUGCGCGCCCGCCGCGCCCCGGAGCGGCUGUUCCACGUGCUCGACGUCCAUGCCACCCUCGCCGAGAUACUUCCGGCGAUCGCGUGCAUCCUGGGUGACAAAUCGGAGGCCGCCGCCCGCGCCACCGCCGCUCUUAGGAACGCCGGCAAUGCGGCGCGUGGUAUUCUGAUGAGCUUGGAGCAGGCAAUCCAGAAGACGACGUCGUCCAAGGCGGCGGUGACAGGCAGCGCCGUGCACCCGCUCACCCGCUACGUAAUGAAUUAUCUCGUCCUCCUCGCCGACUACGAGGAUACCCUUGCUCGCAUUUACCAACAAGGCGAAAGCACGCUAACGUCCGGCUCCGGCAGCGCCUCGCGGGUCUCCCCGUCGUCGUCGGCGGACUCAAUUGGCCGUCUCGUCUCCGUCUUGCAGCGGAAGCUGGAAGCCAUGGCAGUGGGGUACCGGCCUUCGGCGUUGAGGUCCCUGUUCAUGGCGAAUAACACGCACUACGUGAGCAAGAAAGUGCGCGGCAGCAGCAAGCUGGAGGGCAUCGUCGGCGAGGACUGGAUAGAGGAGCAGAUGGCUGAGACAAGGCGCCACGUCGAUGCAUUCGUGCACUCGGCGUGGCGAGACGUGCUGGUGGCUGGCGGCGAGGGCGCAGACGCGGCGGUUAAGGAAGCGGUGGCGACGCAGCGGAGUUGGGUGGUAGCAGACGACGAGAUGGGCGACGCGGUGAGGGCGGCGGCGGCCGCGGUGGUGGUGCCGGCGUACCGGGCACUCUAUCGACGGCACGGCACGGCGGCGUGGAUGACACCGGGGGACGUGAAUGCGAUGAUCAGCAGGCAAUUCGGUGGGUUGCGGAAUGAAGCGGCAGGUGCCAGGCCAGUCUCAGCCGGCAGUGCAACGUCGCGACGCCAUCGUUUGCGACUCACCUCUUUCUCGGACAAAUUGGCCCAUGUACAGUAGCACAGUCCAAGUAGGAAGCCCAAGCCCAUUAAUUAUACGGCACAAUUAUUUUGCUAAUAUCCCUACCAUUUUUUUAGUUCACUAGAAUCUAUCCAUUCACUACUCUCUUUUUUUUUUGUAUAAACACAUUUUGAUCAAAGAUAUAAAGUGUUUGUUUGGUCUAUUUGAGUAUAAAGAAAAGGAUUGUCUAUGUGAC